UACGAUUGUCAAUGUCAAAGUUGAUGUCACUGUCAGUCACUGCCGUGAGCCAAAAUUUUACGUAAAGUGGAUUGUAUUGUUCGUUUUUUGCUACAUUUUUAAUAUAAUUAUGAUUCUUCCAUCCAUACAUUUAAAUUUCACAAGUAAUUAAUUUCCUUGGGAAAAUACAUUCUCAGGGGACUCUACUUCUAGUUUUUACGAUCCUGUUUUGCCAAAGCUUCAAUAACACAUCGAUGUUAAGCCUACGCCACAUUUCAGAAUUUACCAAUUUCUGAUUCACAAGGCAAUGUCGUUAGAGAGUGUAGAGUGUGUGUGGGUGAAGGCGGAGCCCCAGGAAAGCGCGGGCACGUGCUCCGAGCACGAGCAGUCCAAGGGCGCGCAGGCCGGGCACACAUGUACAGUGAAGGUAGAGAAUGAGUCAGACAGUGAGGGCGCUUGUGACAUUAAAGUGGAAAUUGAGGUUGACCCGGAGCAGUUUCUUCAUCCUAAGGAGCUUGAAGUGUGUCCAGGGCAAACACAACAGCAAGACCGAAGGGCACAACCAGACUCAAAAUCUAUAAAGAUUAAAAAAAACCGUACUAACGGCAAAAUGAGUGACAACAAAAAAACAUAUCCAUUGACUUCUCGGUGUAAUAUCGACUUAAGUAAAAGGUCCAGAAUUAUUUCUUUGCAUGAGCAAGGCAAAAAUAUCUCCGAGAUUGCAAGGGAGACCGGUGUGACUAGGAAAACUGUAUCUUUAUGGGUACACCGAUUCCAAGAGAAGAGAUCGUUACGCGACCAACAACGAACCGGCAGACCGAGCCUCAUAGACCGCUCGCAGCGCCAACUCAUGCUAAAAGAAUUCGAGGAAAAUGGUUUCAAGUCGACACACCAUUACGCCCGGUUGUUUGGCACUAGUGUGGAUACGGUCCGACGGGUUCUACAUAGUGAGGGACUGUAUUAUCGGCAAGCGAUCAGACCUGUACGCGACGAAUCGUAUGAGAAUGACCCGCAACUACACGAAGAGGAAAAAUGAGGAGGCGGUCCUGCUACGUGAGCGAACGUUGACUUAAUGUCGUCACCUGACGACGGCACGCCGCAACAGCAUGUGACGCCAUCUGACGACGGGACGCCGCAGUAUCGUGUCGUUACCUGACGACAGGACGCCGCAGUAUCGUGUCGUUACCUAACGACAGGACGCCGCAGUAUCGUGUCGUUACCUGACGACAGGACGCCGCAGUAUCGUGUCGUUACCUGACGACAGGACGCCGCAGUAUCGUGUCGUUACCUGACGACAGGACGCCGCAGUAUCGUGUCGUUACCUGACGACAGGACGCCGCAGUAUCGUGUCGUUACCUGACGACAGGACGCCGCAGUAUCGUGUGUCGUUAGCUGAUGACAGGACGCCGCAGUAGCGUGUCGUUACCCGACGACAGGACGUCACAGCAGCAUGUGACGUCAUCUGACGACGGUACGCCGCAACAGCAUGUCGUUAUCUGAGGACAGGCCGGGACACCACGGCAGUGUCUGUCGUCACCUGACAGGACGCCGCAGCAGCGUGUGACGUCAUUUAUCAUCUAGACGCCGCCGCAGCGCGUCACGCCACCGUCGAGGGGAAUGCCACAUUCAGGCGAAGAGAAAGCUGUUACCGAGUGUCGGGACGCGUUAUCUAGACCAUUUUAACACUAAAUGUAACGUUUUCAAUCAAAAGGUACCACAUUGUUGAUAAGCUAAAUGGAAAUUGCGCCUUAUUUACAAUCGACGAAGUACCCUUUUGGUUGAAAAUGGCCCAUAAAAACUUGCCUAAUACACACCCACUUUGAAGUAAAAGUGAAAUUUUAAGUUUGUGGUAGUACAGUAUGCUGCAGAGUUAAGUGACCCCCCUGCAUAAAAAUUUGUUUGCAGGAUGGUCACUUAACUCUGCAGUCACUGUACUUCCACACUUCGUUAUUGCGAAGUUUGUUCAGAUGGACUCUAAUAAUGGCAAUAAAAUGU